AUGGCUGACCCUGUUAUCUCUUUUGUUGUUGAGAGAACUGGUGAUCUGCUGAUUCAAAAAAUUGUUUUCCUGAAAGGCGUUCGACGACAAGUUAAGAGGCUUCAAAAUGAUCUGGUCCGGAUGCGGUGUUUCCUGAAAGAUGCUGAUCAGAAGCAAAUUAAAAAUGAGAGCAUCCGCAACUGGGUUUCUGAAAUCAGAGCUGCUGCCUACGAUGCGGAGGAUAUCAUUGAGAUCUUUGCCAGCAAAGUUGAGUUCUUCACAAAGGACAAGGGACUCGUCACCAAAUUGACGUAUUAUCCCUUGAAAAUUGUGAACCUCUACAAGAUAGGUAAAGAGAUCGAAUCUUUACGGAUGAGGCUCAAGGAGAUUGCUGAUAGCCGCCAAGAGUACGGCAUCGAAAAUCUUGGAGAGGGGACGAUUACACAUGGGGAAGAGCUUCAACGGCUCCGACGGUCCUCUCCUUUCAACGAGGACAAGGAUAUAGUGGGCUUCGAGGAGAAAACAAAAUCCCUGGUGGCAGAACUUUUGAAAGAGGACGAAAAUCGCCGUGUGGUUUCAAUCAUCGGCAUGGGAGGUGUCGGUAAGACAACUCUAGCCAAAAAAGUUUAUAACCAUGCUGACGUCAGGGCAAGAUUCGACUGCCGUGCUUGGGUAUGCGUCUCUUCAAGCUACGAUUACAAAAAGCUGCUGAGUGCAAUCAUAAAGCAACUGAAUCCAACAACUAAAGAGCUACUUGAAGUGUUGGAAAUGAUGCAAGAGGAAGACUUGGAACGAAGGCUCUAUCAAGAUCUACAAGACAAAUGUUAUCUUGUGGUGCUUGAUGAUGUAUGGGAGGUAGCAGCGUGGGAUUGUCUUGCCAGGAGGGCCUUUCCUGAUGUUGGCACAUCAAGUAGAGUGCUGCUUACAAGUCGCAAUCGAGAUGUUGCCCAACACGCUGAUGCUUCUAGACACCCGUAUGAGCUGAAAACUCUGGGGGAGGAAGACAGCUGGCAGUUGUUCCUCAGAAAGGCCUUAGGCCAUGAGGCUAAUGCUGGGUGUCCUCCGGAUUUGGAAGAAGUAGGCAGAGAGAUUGCAAGGAGAUGUGGCGGUCUGCCGCUGGCCAUCACGGUUAUAGGUGGCCUGCUACUGGGCAAGAAUAAGUCGAAGACUGAAUGGGAGAACGUUCUCAACAACUUUGGCGCAUACCUAUCAAGGAGCCAGAGUGAAGCAGGGGAAGCAGGGGCAAUUCUGGAAUUAAGUUAUGCAGACCUUCCUGCCAAUCUGAAAUUUUGCUUUUUGUAUUUGGGCUUGUUUCCCGAAGACUCCGUGAUUUCUGUGCGCAAGUUGAUCCAUCUGUGGGUUGCAGAGGGAAUAAUGCAGAAAAGAGAUGCAAAAAAUUUGGAGGAAACUGCAGCAUAUGAUGAAGUGGAACGACUUUGUAGCAGAAAUAUGGUCCAAGUGGCGGAAAUGACUGUUGAUGAGAGGAUUAAAAGCUGUAGAGUCCAUGAUUUGCUGCGAGACCUUGCAAUCAGGAAGGCAGAGGAUGAAAAUUUUUUUCAGAUCCAUGGCACCAGAGAUGAUAAAAUAUCAGCCAAAUCUAGGUACCUUGCUGUUCAUAGUCUCCCUCUGGAUAAAAAUUAUUUUGGGUCUUCGAACCCUCCUCUCCGGUCUCUGCUUUUUUCCAAUGUCCGCGGUUACAUGGGAAACAUUAGUCUUAGCGCCAAAAGUUUAAGAAAGCUCAGGAUAUUAGACCUUGAGAAUGUUCAGAAGGAUGAUGAUUUGCCAAAAGAAAUUGGUGAGGUCAGGCUUCUAAGAUACCUCAAUUUAAGAGGCACAUACAUUCCAAGGCUCCCUCUUUCCGUCGGUUGCUUGCGAUACCUACAAACUCUUGACAUACGGACAACGAAACACACACAUUGCAAAGUGAAAGUUUCAAAUUUCAUUUGGAAGCUUGAAAGUUUACGGCAUCUAUAUGCUUAUGAUAUGGAAUGUGAUGUGCCUCUUAAGAUUGAAGGAUUGAGGAAUCUCCAGACUCUGUCAGGCAUACGCUUUGAGGACGUUAUGUACAAUAACAUGAUAACUUUGACAAGUCUUCAGAAACUGGGGAUUGUAGUGGAUGACAAGUCAGAGAUAGACAAACUCUGCAUGCAUUUAUCUGAGGUUGGAAGCCUAAAGACUUUACAUCUUCUUUUUACUGGAGAAAGCGAGGAAAGCGAGUGGCCAUCUCUAGAUGGACUUUCUAAGCUCCAUCAUGUAACAGAGCUUAAGCUAUUCACUUCGCAGCUUGCUUCGGAGGAUUUGAUAAUGCUGCGGCUUGCUCGGACAAUGCUGCCUCCUGAUUUCCCUCCAAAUCUCUCUCGCUUGUCUUUGAAACACGUGUUUCUCGAGGAUGACCCAAUGCCAGUGCUAGAGAAGUUGGGACAGCUGUCGUUCCUCAAACUGGAAUUAGCAUUAGUGGGGCCAUGGCGUAUUUCUAGGCAUGGGUUUCACCAAUUGAAAUUCCUUGAGCUCAGCGGCCUAAUUGAUUUGAAGGAAAUAGAGGUGGAGGAAGGUGCAUUGCCACAGCUCCGGUGCCUGAGAAUCAGGGAAUGCCCCGAUUUAGCAAAGUUGCCGGAAGAGCUGAAGCACAUAUCUACUCUUGAUGCGCUUGAGCUUGUGAACAUGUCAGAAGAUUUCAUCAGUGGGCUUGACGCGGACCUGGUAUCCCGUGUCCCUAACCUCAGAAUAUAUUGGGAUUUGUAUUUCGCGCUUAGAAUGGCUAUGUCGUGUAGUGAUUAA